AGCGUAGCAGCCGGAAAAAAAAAACAGAAACUGCGUCGCGUUUUGAUUGCGUCACCGCGAGUCGCGUCGACACACGAGGGGAAGGGGAGAGAGUUGUACUCGGCUAAUGAUCAGAUCUGUUCAUCAAAACUGAAGCAUGGGGAAGCAGAAAACAAAGAAGUUCGCUGCGAUGAAGCGAAUGAUCAAUCUGAAAGAUCACAGAAUAAAAGAGAAAGAUCGAGCUAAAGCAAAGGAGAAAAAGAAGAAAGAUCCCUCGGAGCUCAAGGAGAGAGAAGUGCAGAAGUACCCAUCAUGCCUGUUCUUCCAGUACAACACUCAGCUGGGUCCUCCGUACCACGUACUAGUUGACACCAAUUUCAUCAACUUCUCCAUCAAGGCCAAACUGGACAUUGUUCAGUCCAUGAUGGAUUGUCUGUAUGCAAAAUGUAUCCCAUAUAUCACAGACUGUGUGAUGGCUGAAAUCGAAAAGCUCGGAAUGAAGUAUAGAGUCGCACUCAGGAUAGCCAAGGAUGCAAGGUUUGAGCGCCUGCCAUGCACACACAAGGGAACAUAUGCUGAUGACUGCCUAGUCCAAAGGGUAACACAGCACAAGUGUUACAUCCUGGCGACAGUGGACAGAGAUCUAAAGAGACGAGUAAGGAAGAUCCCCGGAGUGCCCAUCAUGUACAUCUCAAACCACAGGUAUAACAUUGAACGGAUGCCUGAUGACUAUGGUGCUCCAAGAUUUUAAUAUUCCUAUAGCUGAGCUGGACUUGUAAAUGGACUGAAGUUUCCUGUGUAAUAUUAUUUUCCUUUUAUGCAUAUUAAGAAUAUUGUUUGGUUUCGAAUUGUGGUGAGGGUGGGAUUGGGUGUGUUUGAUGUAACUCAAAAUUGCUCGGUGCUGUUUUCCAUAUAACACCUUUUGUUAAAUAAAUAAAUGAAUAGUUCCAAUGCA